AUGUCCAGUAAUCCUCAGUGGAAAAUGUUCCAGCCGCCAGAUUCACACUCCUCCCCUUUGCAGGAUAUAUUAGACCUCCAGCACCCCAACAUGCAAAACAAACAAGUUUUCCGUUCUGGUACUUACAGCAGUGAGUAUCCAAGUUCCCCACGGGAUAAUUACAAUAAUAUGAAUAAGUCAUCUGGUCAGUCUGGUGGAGGGAAUAGAUACCCCCUGGGUAAUUAUAACUUGGACGGCUGUCCAAUGGGUGAUUCUGCAGGUGCCUAUUCCUCAAGUUCAACUAAUAAUUCUAAUAAUUCCUCUUCUCAAUAUGAUUCUGCGAAUGGCACUGCUAUAAGAGAAACUGGAAUAAUUGAAAAAUUACUGCACUCCUAUGGAUUUAUUCAGUGUUGUGAAAGACAGGCUCGUUUGUUCUUCCACUUUAGCCAGUUUAGUGGCAACAUUGAGCAUCUGAAAAUUGGUGAUCCAGUUGAAUUUAUUAUGAGCUAUGACCGUCGCACUGGAAAACCAAUUGCAUCAACUGUAACAAAGAUAGCUCCAGAAGUGGUAUUAAGUGAAGCCCGAGUGACGGGUACAGUGACUACUGAAGUGAAGGGCGAAGGUUCUGGGGACAAUACAGGACGUAUAUCUUAUGAGAAUAGAGGUGAAUGCUUUUUCUUGCCUUACACAAAAGAUGAUGUGGAAGGCAAUGUCACUUUGCACACUGGAGAUGCUGUUAGUUUUCAAAUUGCAACUAAUCAGAGAGGCACACUUGGCGCGUGUCACGUGCGCUUCGAAAAUCCUGUACAUCCUGUCAAAUAUCACGGUGUAGUGUGCUCAAUGAAGGAAAAUUUCGGAUUUAUCGAGAGGGCCGAUGUCGUUAAGGAGAUUUUCUUUCAUUAUUCCGAAGCAAAGGACAAAGAAGAGCUGGCGUUAGGCGAUGACGUUGAAUUUAUAAUUCAGACUAGAAAUGGUAAGGAGGUUGCAUGUAAUAUCACGAAACUCCCCAGUGGUUCCGUAGUUUUUGAGGACGUGAGCCCCACGAUAAUGAAGGGGCAAGUAUUAAAACCACUCGAACGAGGAAACAUGGUUAGGGUGCCACAGAAUGAUCCAUUACCUGGCCGAAUUAGAUAUCGCGCUGCCGACCAUUCAGAAGUGGAGGUACCAUUUGGAGAUAAGGAUCAAGGCGGUGAGUUCACCCUGCGCCAUGGAGACUGGGUCCAAUUUCAGGUUGCAACAGACAGAAGGGAUCAGCUUAAGCGCGCUACAAAUAUUACACUACUCGAGGAGUCUUUCAACGUCUCCGGCGAAAGGCGGGAGCAAGGUGUGGUCUGCUCGUUGAGGGAGGGCUUUGGUUUUAUCCGUUGUGUUGAAAGGGAGCACACGAUGUUCUUCCACUUCGCCGAAGUUCUCCGUCUCGGGCACGAACUGAGUGUUGGAGAUGAGGUCGAGUUUACCGUUGAUCCAGUGACGACUUUCUCCAAUAUGAAUACACGUCAAUCGGCAAUACGAAUUAAGCACUUGCCUGCCGGCACUGUCCAUUUCGAGACAUUAGUGGAGCGCGGCAUACGCGGAGCGGUGAGCAAAGAGGCACAGGUGAUCAACUCCUCGGUCAGCCCAACCAGGAAACCCGUAAACGAAUUUAAUGGUCUGAUCACUGCCCAAAUCAAUGGAGCUAAGAAAACUAUACCGUAUGCUGCCAAAAAAUCCGAAUCCAAGAUAUUGCCCCACGUGGGUGAUAAAGUCGUUUUUGAUCUCUAUCAGGUGAAGCGAACGAAGGAGCUGGUAGCGAUGUUCGUGCAAGUGCAGCACAGUCUGACGAACGGCAACGCGACCAACGGCUCCAACAGCCGGCCCAUUAUGCAGGGCUUCAUUGCCGCCCUCAAGGACGGCUUCGGUUUCAUCGAGACCUCCGACCACACCAAGGAGGUGUUCUUCCACUUCAGCAACCUGGAGGGCACCGCCGACGGCUUGGAGCUCGGCACCGAGGUGGAGUACUCGCUGGGGCGCGUGAACGGCUCGGGCGGCGGUUGCGCCAGCGCCGAGUUCGUGCGCGUACUGCCGAAGGGCUCCGUGCCCACCGCGAAGCCCCUCGAGCCGCCGCUCAACGGCACCGUCACCAGGACCCUGCGCGCCCUCAACCCCGACCAGCCUCAGUAUUCGGGCCUGAUUCAAACCGAAAAUGGAAAUUCCUACGAGUUCGGCAUCAUGGGCUUGGCGUGCAAGCGCGAGAUAUUGCAAGUGAGCGAUCCUGUCACUUUUCAAAUUGACGUGGAGGGCAGGGCUACCAACAUUGUGCCUAUCAGGAAGAAACGGCGCGCCACAGUUGAUGCCAUCAAAGGCGGUUUUGGGUUCUUAUCCAUCGAGUCUGAGGAAAACCGGCGCCUGUUCUUCCACAUGUCUGAGGUGCGAGGCAACCCAUCCGAGCUGCAGGCAGGCGAUACUGUCGAAUUCGUGAUGCUGACCAACCAAAGGAACGGCAAAUCGUCUGCUUGCAACGUCGUGAAAAUAAGUAGCAAAGUGAGCAAGCGCAGCGAGCGGCCGGAGCGGCUGCUGGCGAGGCUGCGGACCGCCUCGCUGGAGGACUCGGCCGGCCCAAGGGUGGUGGUCGCGCGCGCGCCACGCGGCCCCGACGGCAGCCGCGGCUUUCGUCCGCGUCGCCCCAUCGCCGAACAACUUGCCGAG